AUGGCCCGCCCGUCCUCGCCGUUACCGACGACGACGACGACGACGACGACAGCACCGUCGCCACCGCAACAAACGCGCAGGACGACGCGCUCUUCUCUUGCACGAUUCGCGUACAAUGCUGGUGUCUCUUCCACUACGGACGCGAAUGCCGCGGCAGCAGAAACGGUCCACGACAUCGUCCUGGGCGUCACCGACAUUGAGGAUGCAGUCACAAACACGAGGGGCCGGAAACGAAGACGCGUCACAAAGGUGGAAGACGGCCAAGACGCACAUGCGGAGGACGGCAUCGUAAACAUCAAAAUCGAACAUGUCGAGACCGAGACCACGGCAGCGCCAGCAGCAGCGCGAGCGUCUCCCUCCAAGACGCGGAAAGUUCGUAAACCGGCCCGCGUAAUAAAAGGCACCGACGCCGUCGAGUCGCACACGGAGCCCCCUUCAGACUGGGAGUCCAUCUACGACGCGGUGAAGCGGAUGCGCCUGCACGGCGCCGCGCGCAACGCCGCCGUUGACACCAUGGGCUGCGAGCGCCUCUUCCACCCCGACGCCUCGGAGCGCGACCGCCGGUACCACCUCCUUACCGCGCUGAUGCUGUCAAGCCAGACCAAGGACACGGUCAACGCGGUGGCCAUGAAGAGGCUGAUGACGGAGCUGCCGCCGCACGAGCCGGGGGCGGCGGGCGGCUUGAACCUGGAGAACGUGCUCGCCGUCGACCCGGCUUUCUUGAACGAGCUAAUCUGGGCGGUGGGCUUCCACAACAACAAGACCAAAUAUAUCAAAGCAGCGGCCGAGAUCCUCCGCGACAGAUUCGAUGGCGACAUACCCGACACCAUCGAAGGGCUCACCUCCCUCCCCGGCGUGGGGCCCAAGAUGGCCUACCUCUGCCUUUCGGCUGCGUGGGACCGUACCGAGGGCAUCGGCGUGGACGUUCACGUGCACCGCAUCACGAACCUCUGGGGCUGGCACAAGACGACGCAACCCGAGGCGACGCGCCUCGCGCUGCAGAGUUGGCUACCCAAGGACAAGUGGCGCGAGAUAAACUGGCUGCUCGUCGGGUUCGGGCAGACGCUCUGCCUCCCCGUCGGGCGGAAAUGCGGCGAAUGCGACCUCGGGCUCAGCGGGAUGUGCAAGGCGGCGGAGAGGAAGAAAGUCAACGAGGGGCGCAGGACGAGGGAGGUCAAGGUCGAGGUGAAGGAGCAAGGGGACGGGAGCGCGGUGAUCAAGAAGGAGGAGGUCGUUAAGGAAGAGGAUGUGGAACAAGAUAGAGUCGUCAACGAGGCUGCGGGCGUGUCGGAGUUGGGUCCGGAGUCGGGGGUGGAAGACAGCGGCCAACGACCGCCUGAAGAUGCCACAACGGGCAAGGCUAACAGGGCGGCUGUGCCGCGGAGACUGCGGAGAGGAAAGCCGUCGUAA